AUGGAUGAUGACCCAUAUGCUACCGAAGAUGAAAGAGCUGGUGAACUCUCGACCAUCGCCGCCAUCUACCCUGAACUCGUGGUCGAUGAUCAAGAUCCAUAUACUGCUACGCUCGAUCUCGCCGUAACACCGAUUCAACCCCUGCGCAUUCUCUUCAAACCCGCUGCGGACAGUGCGCCACCUUUACUACCCACACCACCCACCUCCCCAGAACAAAGUCAGAAUGAGGGCGAGGCGAAACCUGAGUUGCAAUACCCUGUCCUCCCUCUUGACGCCCAUGAACUGUCUCAUCUGCCUCCACUAUCACUCCGAAUCUCGCUGCCCGAGGGCUAUCCAGCCACUAAGCCUCCAGUUGUCUCGGUGUCCGUUACACCCCAGUGGCUACCCCGACCCCUCCUAAAGCGGCUCAGAGAUGAUUGUCAUAGACUAUGGGAAGAGCUGGGAAAAGACCAGGUUGUUUAUGCCUACAUAGACCAUGUCCAACAAGAGGGGGAACGAGCUUUUGGUCUUGCGGGCGAGACCGAUGUUCAAUUAUCUAGCGAUUUGAAGGUGGCGAUGCUGGAUUUCGACCUCAAGACAAAGCGCGAACUUUUUGAGAAAGGGACCUUUGACUGUGGAAUUUGUCUGGAACCUAAAAAGGGGAUACAAUGCCACCGCCUGAUGUCAUGUGGGCACGUCUUUUGCAUCGCAUGCUUGCAGGAAUUUUUCAAGAGUUGCAUAACGGAGGGAGACGUUGACAACGUCAAAUGUCUCGAUCCGAGUUGCGGCAAGGACGAGCCUGUACAGGUGGGCGCCAAUGGUAGGCCCUUGAAGAGACGGAGACAAGAUCGAACUCUCAACCCCAGCGAGCUGUUACAGAUUCCCCUGGAACAAGCACUGGUUCAGCGCUAUGUCCGGCUCAAGCGAAAGAAACGACUCGAAUCAGACAAGAACACCAUUUACUGCCCCCGACAAUGGUGCCAAGGAGCCGCCAAAUCCAAAAAACAUCCCAAACCCAUUGACCCAAUGAAUGAUAUUGAGGAGGGGUCCGACUCGGAGGAGGAAGAAAUGCCAGAGCCAGCGCCUGGGCAACAGAACAAUAACCAACGCGACCCAGAGGAUGUUCCCGUGUCUGAACGUCUGGCUGUGUGCGAAGACUGUGACUUUGCAUUCUGCAGUGUCUGUCAGAAAGGGUGGCACGGGGAACUCGUAAGAUGCAGCCCUCGCCGGCAAAAGGAGAUCAACGAGGAAGAAGCUGCGUCAGAGGCAUAUCUGAAGAAAUACUCCACACCUUGUCCAACCUGCAGCGCGCCCGCACAGAAGACCAUGGGGUGCAACCACAUGACAUGCUUCAGAUGCAAAUGCCAUUUCUGCUACCUAUGUCAAGCAUGGCUUCUGCCUGACAAUCCUUACAGCCACUACAACGACCCUAAGAGCAAAUGCUACAUGCGUUUGUGGGUUAUGGAAGAAGGAGACGGCGAAGACGUCGAAGCAGGACGACUCCAGAAUCCUGAUCUUGCGGAAUGGCACGAGAUAGAUGUUCCAGAAGAGGAGUUGGACGACGAAGAAUUGCCCCCAGAGAACUUCGCCGCCUUUCGAGGAGACCAUGGCCGGCCCUUUGCCGACGAAGAAGAUACAGAUGACGAAGAGCCAGCACCUGACCAACGACGCAACCGGCAGUUGCACAUCGAAAUCGUGAACUUUGCACGGCCUGGAGCACCAAACGCUCAGCGAAUAGACCUUCCUGAACGACCACGAGCUCAAGCGCUUGUACCGCCACCGGCACCAAAUCCGCCCAGAGCCAGACCUCGACGAAGAGGCGGUGGUCAGCAAGCCAACCGUCAACGUGCGAUGGUCAACGAACCUGGACGCGCAGACCGGGCACGAGCGCAACCUCGAGGUCGAUUGCGUCUUCCUGUGGCGCCAAUAGCUCAAGAUGUACGAGCAGCCGGAGAUGACCAGAAUGAUGCGAACCAGCAAAUUGACAGAGAUGAACAUGCCCUACCAGAUGUCAAUGGUGACGGAAACAAUGAUCCUGCAGCACGACCAGCACAGCUUCCGCUGGCAGCUCCUGGCCAAGGAAAUCACCCAGGCGCCGCCCAUGGUGCACAUGCAGGCCCCGUUCGUGUGAUGGGUCUAGAAAGAUUUCUGCAACUUGCUCAACAAGAUCUGGAGGAUGAGUGGGAUUCAGACGAGAUGGAGGAUGACGAUUUCCAAGCCAUAGAGCAUGAGCAUGAGCCAAGACGAAGAGGACAGGAGAGGGUGGUGGGCUGGCGGUGA